AUGGAGUUGGGCGGGAGUCUGCUGAGCGGGAAAGAUGUUGGGGCUCAGACAGGAACCUCUGUGCAUGGGUUGCAUGCUUUAGACAAAUCUAUGGGUGAUAAUGAGGAUGGGAACCCUCAUCCCGUGGAUCGUCCUUUUGAUCCUGGGGAAGGCCAGAAUUCACAGGUCUUUGUUUCUUGUGGAAAAGGUAAGUCCGCCUUUCCUAAGGUGAAAGAUAUUUCAAAUAAGAUAGAGGGAAAGUUUGUCAUCUCUAUUCCGGAUGUUGUGAUUGAUCAUAAUAUAUCCUUAAUGGCUUUCACUUUGGUGGGUAAAUUUGUUGGUCCAAGGCCUAAUAUUGAGAAUGUAAGGGUCUUUGCUAAAAAUAAAUGGCAUCUGAAAGGUCAAGUAGAUAUUUUAGCUUUGCCCAAAGGAUUUUUUGCUUUUAGCUUCUCUUGUUCAGAAUAUUUUGAGGGGGUGCUCUGUGGAGGCCUAUGGAUGUUUGGUAAAACCUCCUUGACUUUAAGAAAAUGGGCCCCAAAGCUAGAGUUAAAAGCUUCAUCCUUUUUUUAUUUGGCUCUGGUUUGGGUUAGAUUGUUUGGUUUUCCUUUGGAGUUUUGGUUUGAAGAUGUGUUCAAAGGGAUAGCUAGUUCUUUUGGGGAACUUCUUGCUAUGGAUCCUAUGAUAGCUGCAAGGAAAAGACAUUGGGCUAGAGGAUGUCCGAGCAAUCCAAAGAAUGCUUCUAAGAACAUAGGGGCUCAGAAGAAAAUUUGGAAAGAGAAACCAGGUAAAGAUGACGAGUGGUCUAAUGGUCCAAGGCUGCAGGCUCCCGAAAUCCCCGCUAUUGGGAAUAAGGUGAAUAAGGAAGGAUAA